GUGGUGCCGGCAGCCCCAGGCCCAGAGGAGCCCAUCACUGUGGCCCACAUUGUAGUGGAGGCAGCCUCCCUGGCAGCAGACAUCAGCCACGCACCUGACCUUGUUGAGAACAGCUUGUCAAAACAAGACGCCAGCCGGUCUGAGGUGGUUUCUAAGAAGGAGCUUCACAGCUGUUUCCCACUUGUCAUCUUUAUGAGCAGAAAACGUGAAGUGUGUUUACAACCUGGCUUUGCACAUUGUCAGAUUUUCCCAGCACCCUCCAGAAGUGCAAAAGCCCGGCUUCCUCGCCCCAGGCUGUCCCGGGUGUCUGGAGAGCAUUCACUCCCAGGCCAGGCCUGCCUGUCCCACUACAGCGGCCUGGCCCAUCUCCCCUAAUGGAGGAGUGGCCCCGGACGCAUAUCCUCCCUAUGUUGGUGGGAGCAGUGGCAGGAGCCGUGGCAGCGAACAGAACAGGCGGCUGUCUCUUCACCCAGGGACCUUGUCACCAGGAUUCGCAUGUCCUGCUGGCUUUGGGGAUGGGCCGUGUUCCAUGGCGGGUCUCCCUGUGGACACAUUUGGGGGCCCUGGAGCAUCUCUGGGCAGCCUGACAGAGUCCGCAGAUGUCUCUCCACCGCUCACUCUGACCUGGAGAGUUGAUUGGGGCCUUGGCUGCUGCUCGGGCCUGUGUGUUGAGGGCUCGGUGCAGGUUGGGUCCAGGAUGUGGCUUGGAGCAGCAGUUUCCCCUCCCCUGGAGCCGGCGGUCUCUGGGUAGGGGCAGGUCUUGGGGCUUAGGCCGAGAUGCCUCUCCUAGGUGGUGGGCACAUCAAAGAGGUCAUCGUGGGUGCUGAGGCGGAGCCGGGGGACAGUGAGAUGGCCGAGGCCCCGGGCAGCCCCCACCAGCAGGGACUGGGGCUCGCAGGGGAGGGCGAGCCGGCCCAGGUGAAGCUACUGGUGAACAAGGAUGGCCGCUAUGUGUGUGCACUGUGCCACAAGACCUUCAAGACGGGCAGCAUCCUCAAGGCCCACAUGGUCACUCACAGCAGCCGCAAGGACCACGAGUGCAAGCUCUGUGGGGCCUCCUUCCGCACCAAGGGCUCACUCAUCCGGCACCACCGGCGGCAUACGGACGAGCGCCCCUACAAGUGCUCCAAGUGUGGGAAGAGCUUCCGGGAGUCGGGCGCACUGACCCGGCACCUCAAGUCUCUCACCCCCUGCACGGAGAAAAUCCGCUUCAGUGUGAGCAAGGAUGUGGUUGUCAGCAAAGAGGAUGCACCUGCAGGGUCUGGAGCUGGAGCUGCCACCUUGGGGACAGUCACAUCAUCGGUGACAGGCGAGCCCAUAGAGACUUCACCUGUGAUUCACCUGGUGACAGAUGCCAAGGGCACCGUCAUCCACGAAGUCCACGUCCAGAUGCAGGAGCUGCCCCUGGGCAUGAAAACCCUGGCCCCGGAGCCCCCCGUCUCCCAGGAGCUCCCCUGCUCCAGUGAGGGCAGCCGAGAGAACCUGCUGCACCAGGCCAUGCAGAACUCCGGCAUCGUCCUUGAGCGCACCGCUGGGGAGGAGGGCGCCCUGGAGCCAGCCCCUGCUGCUGGGUCCAGUCCCCAGCCCCUGGCAGAGGCAGCCCCACAGCUGCCGGUACUGGAAGUGCAGCCGCUAGAGACACAGGUGGCCAGCGAGGCCUCAGCGGUGCCCAGGACCCACCCAUGUCCUCAGUGCAGUGAGACCUUCCCGACAGCAGCCACCCUGGAGGCCCACAAGAGGGGCCACACUGGGCCGAGGCCGUUCGCCUGUGUGCAGUGUGGCAAGGCCUUCCCCAAGGCCUACCUGCUCAAGAAGCACCAGGAGGUGCACGUGCGUGAGCGCCGCUUCCGCUGUGGCGACUGCGGGAAGCUCUACAAGACCAUCGCCCAUGUGCGUGGCCACCGGCGCGUCCACUCAGACGAGCGGCCAUACCCUUGUCCCGAGUGUGGCAAGCGCUACAAGACUAAGAACGCACAGCAGGUGCACUUCCGGACACAUCUGGAGGAGAAGCCGCAUGUGUGCCAGUUCUGCAGCCGUGGCUUCCGAGAGAAGGGCUCGCUGGUGCGGCACGUGCGACACCACACAGGCGAGAAGCCAUUCAAGUGCUACAAAUGCGGCCGUGGCUUUGCUGAGCACGGCACGCUGAACCGGCACCUGCGCACCAAAGGGGGCUGCCUGCUGGAGGUGGAGGAGUUGCUGGUGUCCGAGGAGAGCCCCGCGGCAGCCACCACCGUCCUCGCGGAGGACCCGCACACGGUGUUGGUGGAGUUCUCGUCCGUGGUAGCCGACACCCAGGAGUAUAUCAUUGAGGCCACUGCGGAUGAUGCGGAGACCAGUGAGGCCACGGAGAUCAUCGAGGGCACCCAGACGGAGGUGGACAGCCACAUCAUGAAGGUGGUGCAGCAGAUUGUGCACCAGGCCAGUGCCGGCCACCAGAUCAUUGUGCAGAAUGUCACCAUGGAUGAGGAGACAGCGCUGGGCCCAGAGGCGGCUGCUGCCGACACCAUCACCAUCGCAACCCCCGAGAGCCUGACAGAACAGGUGGCCAUGACACUGGCCUCAGCCAUCAGCGAGGGCACUGUGCUUGCCACCCGGGCAGGGGCGAGUGGCACUGAACAGGCCACUGUGACCAUGGUGUCAUCAGAGGACAUCGAGAUCCUGGAGCAUGCAGGCGAGCUGGUCAUCUCCUCGCCAGAGGGCCAGCUGGAGGUGCAGACGGUCAUCGUCUAGCAUGAGGUCUGCGGGGUCCUGGCCGGGCAGGGACAGGGCAGAGGACCUGAGCGCCCCGCCCACGCCUGCCUGGCAGAGAAGAAGGCACAGAAUGGAGGCGCCCCAAGAUGGGCAGUGUACAUAAGAGUUUCUUGUUGCUUUCCAAUAAAACAUGAGAACCUGCA